CCGAAGCCAGACGUCCUGUGACCCGGAUGUUGAUAUGCCACCUGCCCCGGAAACGGUGGCGAGAGGCCUACGGGGACCGAGGUGGUGUUGCCCGGCUCUCCGGAAGGAGACGUGGCGGCGGUUGGGCCCCCGGCUCCGUUUGCUCUUUGUAGCCCCGCCGCCUCCUCCUCCUCCUCCUCCUUCUCCUCCUCCUCUCUGUGGACAGAGGAGGUUGUGGCGGCAGCUGGAGAAAGCAGCGGCGGAGGAUGGAGGAAGGAGGCGGCGGUGCGCGGAGCCUGAUACCCGGCGGGCCGGUGUUACUAGUCCUCUGCGGUCUCCUAGAGGCGUCCGGCGGCGGCCGAGCGCUCCCCCCGCUCAGCGAUGACAUCCCUUUCCGAGUCAAUUGGCCUGGCACCGAGUUCUCUCUGCCCACAACUGGAGUUUUGUAUAAAGAAGAUAAUUAUGUCAUCAUGACAACUGCACAUAAAGAAAAAUAUAAAUGUAUACUUCCCCUUGUAACAGGUGGAGAUGAGGAAGAAGAAAAGGAUUAUAAAGGACCUAAUCCAAGAGAACUUUUGGAACCACUAUUUAAACAAAGCAGUUGUUCCUACAGAAUUGAAUCAUAUUGGACUUACGAAGUAUGUCAUGGAAAACACAUUCGGCAGUACCAUGAAGAAAAGGAAACUGGUCAGAAAGUAAAUAUUCACGAGUACUACCUUGGAAAUAUAUUGGCUAAGAACCUUCUCUCUGAAAAAGAACAAGAAGCAGAGGAAAAAUCAAAAGAGAUUCCCACCAAAAAUAUUGAAGGGCAGAUGACACCCUACUAUCCUGUGGGAAUGGGAAAUGGCACACCUUGUAGUUUGAAACAGAACCGGCCCAGAUCAAGUACUGUGAUGUAUAUAUGUCAUCCUGAAUCAAAGCAUGAAAUUCUUUCAGUAGCUGAAGUUACAACUUGUGAAUAUGAAGUGGUCAUUUUGACACCACUUUUGUGCAGUCAUCCUAAAUAUAGGUUCAGAGCAUCUCCUGUGAAUGACAUAUUUUGCCAAUCACUGCCAGGAUCACCAUUUAAGCCCCUCACCCUGAGACAGUUGGAACAGCAGGAAGAAAUACUAAGGGUGCCUUUUAGAAGAAAUAAAGAGGAAGAUUUACAAUCAACUAAAGAAGAGAGAUUUCCAGCAAUCCACAAACCCAUUGCUAUUGGCUCUCAGCCAGUGCUUACUGUUGGAACAACCCACAUAUCCAAACUGACAGACGACCAACUCAUAAAAGAGUUCCUUAGUGGUUCUUACUGCUUUCAUGGGGGUGUUGGUUGGUGGAAAUAUGAAUUCUGCUAUGGCAAACAUGUGCAUCAAUACCAUGAGGACAAGGAUAGUGGGAAAACCUCUGUGGUUGUGGGAACAUGGAACCAAGAAGAGCAUAUUGAGUGGGCUAAGAAGAACACUGCUAGAGCCUAUCAUCUUCAAGACGAUGGUACCCAGACAGUCAGGAUGGUGUCUCAUUUUUAUGGGAAUGGAGAUAUUUGUGAUAUAACUGACAAACCAAGACAGGUGACUGUAAAACUAAAGUGUAAAGAAUCAGACUCUCCUCAUGCUGUUACUGUAUAUAUGCUAGAGCCUCAUUCUUGUCAGUAUAUUCUCGGGGUUGAAUCUCCAGUGAUCUGCAAAAUAUUGGAUACAGCAGAUGAAAAUGGACUUCUUUCUCUCCCCAACUAAAGGGUAAUAAAGUUGAGGGAAAGAUAAGAUUAUUGGAAGUCAUGGUGAUUUCUUUCUUCAGUGACCAUGUGUCUCGUUGUAGAGUUCUCAGCCAUUGGACUUCAUCUAAAAGAUUGUAUAAAAGGACUCUUAACCACUGUGUGAAUAUCUAUGUGUAUAUAAGAGCUUAUUGAUAAACUUCUAAGGCAGAUACUUGUCUCACUUUUUCAUUUUUGUUGUGUCUUAUGAAAUGACCCUAUGUUUUUUAUUUUCUUGGAUACUGUGAUUCCAAAAUAAAUCUUGUCCAAGCAAUUUAGAAUAUAGCCUAAUCAAAUGUAAUCACCUUUGUACCUACUGAAAGUUUUUAAAUAGCAGACUUAUUAUGUAAAUUAUAGUAUAUAUAACUAGUCAGUAAAGUAAAGAUAAUGAAUGAUAGAACUGAAUGAAAGGUUGUUUAAAUGAGAGAUCAUGUAAAAUAUGUAAACACUAGUGCCUGAAAUCCUUUCAACAAAUUUUUAUGUAGCAGCUCUCUCCUGGGCAUUAAACUACACACUGGGCACACAGUAGACCCUUACAUGUUAAGUUUUCUUCCCUUCAUUCACCUCUGUUAAUCUCAAGAAAUUAUUGCUUCUCUAGGUUGCUUCUCUCACAGAAUUUUAUUUAUUCUUUCCCCUUAGUAUUUUCCUUUUCCCACAGUAUGUACCUGGUAUAGACAGUCUUCUCUCUGAUUUAACAAAACACAUUGUACUGACUCUCUGUUGUCCUUGCCCACUGAAUGCCACAGGUUUUAGUUCUGGAUAAUUGUUCAGCAUAAUGGUUAUUUUGAAAGUGAAUAAAAUGUCUUCAAGCAGUGUUGUUACAUAGUCAGUGGCA